AUUAUUCUUAUAUAGAAGGCCGAGAACCUGGGACGGGUUCGUUGCUAUAUCCAGACGCAACAAGAGCCGCACGAUCUAGGGUUCAUCGUUCUUCGCAGAGAUGCCGAAGAACAAGGGAAAGGGAGGGAAGAACCGGAAGAGAGGAAAGAACGAGGCCGACGACGAGAAGCGAGAGCUCGUGUUCAAGGAAGAUGGCCAAGAGUACGCGCAGGUCCUCCGCAUGCUCGGCAACGGCCGGUGCGAGGCCACGUGCAUCGACGGCACCAAGAGGCUCUGCCACAUCCGCGGCAAGAUGCACAAGAAGGUCUGGAUCGCCGCCGGCGACAUCAUCCUCGUUGGCCUCCGGGACUACCAGGACGACAAGGCCGAUGUCAUCCUCAAGUACAUGCCUGACGAGGCCAGGCUCUUGAAGGCCUACGGGGAGCUCCCGGAGAGCACGAGGCUCAACGAAGGUAUCGCCGGUGGGCUCGACGAGGAGGACGAUGGUGCGGGUGAUGACUAUAUCGAGUUCGAGGACGAAGAUAUCGACAAAAUCUAGGGUUUGAAAAUUUUCUACUGUUUAAUCUCUCUGUCUCUCUAGUUCUAUAAAUCACACGUUACUGGUCUCUAUGUGUAAGGUUUGUAUCUAUAAUUUUGUCUCGUUAACUUAUGCUACUUGAUGAGUUUGAUGAAAUAAUAUUGCCCUAUCUUUCAA